UCAAGGCUAGACUUCAGGGUGGACUUCCCUGGUACACCUGAAGGGACAGACCAGGAAGCAUGGGCCGCUGUGGCUGCAUCUCUCCUUCUUAGGUGCCUCAGCCAUUUUGGCUGAAUGUUGGAAGAAAAAAGCAAAGAGAAGAAAGCUAGCUGUUGUGUGCGAACUAAGUCUCCAUGAGCCAGUGCCUCGUGGAUGCUGGCACCCGUAUUUCAGUCCCCUGGAUAUCUGAGGGGGUAACCACCAUGCCGCCUCCUCCUCCUCAGAGCACCCUCCGGGCCCAGAUGCCAGAGUAGCCACCCUGCGCCCUGCUCCCCAGCCCGGGGCUAGUCAGGGGAAGAGCAAUGGAGACCUGGCUGGGCAGGCUCUGGCUAUGUGUAAUGCUGCUUCUGCCUCUCCCUCAGCUCUGCCAGGAUCAGGAGCUGUUUGGACCUUCUCUUCAGACACCAUCAGAGGAGGGCCAGGCCCCUGAGGGCCUCUGGGGACCUUGGGACCCGUGGGCCUCCUGCUCCCAGCCCUGUGGGGUAGGGGUGCAGCGUAGGAGCCGAACAUGUGAACUGCACCCCGGCCUGUCCCUUCCUCCCCGACCCCCAAGACAUCCAGAAGUCCUCCGGCCCCGGGGCCAGGGCUCCGGACCCCAGACUCCCCGGGAUCCACAGUCCCUGUAUAAGCCACGGCCUCGGCCUCGGCCUCGGGGAAGGGGUAGCCCUAUUCUAGUUCCUGCUGCUCAGCUGGGGAGACAAGAGACUCAAGGGGCCCAGAGGUCCCGGGUUCGAGACCCCAUCAAGCCAGGGAUGUUUGGUUAUGGGAGAGUGCCUUUUGCCUUGCCUCUGCACCGGAGCCGCAGGCAUCCCCGCAGACCUGGGCAAGCCAAGAACUCUUCCACAGGGCAAGAGGCUCUUCCAUCCCAGCCUCCAGGCACAGAACUGACCUCUGAAAACCACAGUCCCCAAAUGCAGGCUCCUGAACUGCACACCCAGCUCCACUUCCACUCCGCUGAAACUCCAAGGCCUGGAGCAGAGGUGCCCCACAGAACCAGCUCUGCUCCCUCCGACACGGGGACCCUUCUGCCCACCUCCUCCUCCUCCUCUGGAGACAGGAGGUCCCCUGGGCCACGAAUGCCAACUUCCCGGGGAAGCUGGCACAGUCCCCAGGGAGCAGAACGACACCCUCAUCCUUUCCCUCCUGUCCCUCGGAGUCAGGGCCAUCAGAGCAGCGGCCACCAGAGACAUCCAGAGAGUCUUCACAGGUCCCCGGACGUCUGGCUGCCUCUGAUGAGAGACCCCAGGCCCCUCUGGAGCCUCUAUGCUCCCGGUAGCCCUGCUGCAAUAUGUUCGGGAGAAAGUGAGCAGAUGAGAGCCUGCAGCCAAGAGCCUUGCCCCCCUGGGCAGCCAGACCCCAGGGCCCUGCAGUGCGCCGCCUUUGACUCCCAGGAAUUCAUGGGCCAGCUGUACCAGUGGGAACCCUUCACUGAAGUUCAGGGCUCCCAGCGCUGUGAGCUGAACUGCCGCCCCCGCGGCUUCCGGUUCUAUGUCCGCCACACGGAAAAGGUGCAGGAUGGGACCCUGUGUCAGCCUGGAGCCUUAGACAUCUGUGUGGCUGGACGCUGCCUGAGCCCCGGCUGUGACGGGAUCCUUGGCUCUGGCAGGCGUCCGGAUGGCUGUGGAGUCUGUGGAGGUGACGGUUCCACCUGUCGUCUCGUCUCGGGAAACCUCACUGAUAGAGGGGGCCCCUUGGGUUACCAGAAGAUCCUGUGGAUCCCUGCAGGAGCCACCCAGCUCCAGAUCUCCCAGCUCCGACCCAGUUCCAAUUACCUGGCACUCCGAGGGCCUGGGGGUCGCUCCAUUACCAACGGCAACUGGGCUGUGGAUCCUCCAGGGUCCUAUCCGGCCGUCGGGACUGUCUUCCAUUAUAAGCGUCCUCCUCGGGAGGACGGCAAGGGGGAGAGUCUGUCUGCUGACGGUCCUACCACCCAGCCUGUGGAUGUCUAUAUGAUCUUUCAGGAGGACAACCCAGGUGUUUUUUAUCACUAUGUCAUCUCUUCCCCACCCGAGGUCCUUCAGAGUCCUUCCACAAACCCUCAGCUUCAGCCUGAGGUGCUGACUGGGGAGCCCCUACUUGCGUCAGCCCCGCGUCCUGUUCGGGCACCCGGCACCCUCCAGCGUCAGGUGCGGAUUCCCCAAGUGCGUGCUCCGACUCACGUGAGGACGGUCGCCGGGUCUGCGGCCGGGUACUGGAAGCAGGCGGGGCACUCCAAGUGUUCGGCAUCCUGCGGCAGAGGUUUUUGGCGCCCCAUUUUCCUCUGCAUUUCCCGUGAGUCAGGAGAGGAGUUGGAUGAACAGAGCUGUGCCAUGGGUGCCAGACCCCCAACUUCCCCUGAACCCUGCCAUGGGCCCCCGUGCCCCCCACACUGGGAGGCUGGCGAGUGGACAUCCUGUAGCCGAUCCUGUGGCCCCGGCACCCAGCACCGUCAGCUGCUCUGCAGACAGGAAUUUGGAGGCGGUGGCUCCUCAGUACCUCCAGAGCGUUGUGGACACCUCCCCAGACCAAACAUCACCCAGCCUUGCCAGCUGCACCUCUGUGGCCGCUGGGAGGUUAGCUCCCCCUGGAGCCAGUGCUCUGUGCGCUGUGGUCGUGGUCAGAGGAGCCGGCAGGUUCGGUGUGUUGGAAACAAUGGCGAUGAAGUGAGCAAGCAGGAGUGUGCUUCGGGGCCCCCGCCGCCCCCCAGCAGAGAGGCCUGUGACAUGGGUCCCUGUACCACAGCCUGGUUCUACAGCGACUGGAGUUCCAAGUGCUCUGCGGAGUGUGGGACAGGAAUCCAGCGACGCUCAGUGGUCUGCCUCUGGAGCGGGGAGACCCUCCAGGGAGAGCAGGAGGCCGCGCAGGGCUGCCCGCUCAGAAGCCGCCCUCCUGACAUGCGUGCCUGCAGCUUCGGGCCCUGCGAGAGGACGUGGCGCUGGUACACGGGGCCCUGGAGUGAGUGUUCCUCGGAGUGCGGCUCUGGCACGCAACACAGGGACAUUAUCUGUGUGUCCAAACUGGGGGCUGAGUUCAACGUGACUUCCCCCAGCAACUGUUCCCACCUCCCCAGGCCCCCUGCCCUGCAGCCGUGCCAAGGCCAGGCCUGUGAGGACCGAUGGUUUUCUACUGUGUGGAGCCCGUGCUCUCGCUCCUGCCAGGGAGGCACACAGACGCGGGAAGUCCAGUGCCUGAGUUCCAACCAGACGCUCGGCGCCCGGUGCCCCCCUCACCUGCGGCCCUCCAGGAAGAGGCCGUGUAACAGCCAACCCUGCAACCAGCGCCCCGAUGACCAAUGCAAGGACGGCUCGCCACACUGCCCCCUGGUGGUUCAGGCCCGGCUCUGCGUCUACCCCUACUACACGGCUACCUGCUGCCGCUCCUGUGCCCACGUCCUGGAGCGGGCCCAGCCGGAGCCUGCGUGAACUGGGUCCAAGGGGCCUCUCUUCACGGUCUUCUUGUGCCGCCACUGGUCACCUGUUGACGAGCCCACUCUGUAGCCCUGGAUUUUCACGUGGUCUCAGUCCCACCAUUGAGGUGUCUUCCGGGUGAGUGAGAGAGCAAGG